GCCUCCGUCCGGCCGCUCUCGCCGGCGGAGCGGAGGGUAGUGCGGGGCGAAGGAGGCGGGCGGGCGAGUCCACGGCCGGCCAUGAGCCCCCGCGGGCGGCACCCGCACUCGCAAGGACUCGUCCUGCGCCGCCUGGCUGCGCUGCGCCCUGUCCGGCAGGAGCCUCGCUAGGGAGUCCUGGCAUCGGAGUGGUUUAGCUGCUCAGCGAGGAGGACUUUGCGAGUCAUCGCUCCCCUUCGUGCCCUCUCCUCCUCCCCCUCCUCCUCUUCCCCCCUUCUCCUGAAAUUUGUCCUCCCUUCCUUUCGUCUUUUCUACCGCCCCUCCACCAAGUCUGCCUGGCACCAUGCUGCUCCGUCUGGGACCCACCCUGUACGGCUUGGCUCCCACGUUCCUCCUCCUGCUAGCUGUGCCUCUGGGUGCGCCCAUGUGCCCCAUGCUUUGCACCUGCUACUUUUCUCCACCCACCGUCAGCUGCCAGGCCAACAACUUCUCCUCGGUGCCACGGAUCCUGCCGCCCAAUGCACAGCGCCUCUUCCUGCAAAACAAUCUGAUUGGGACCCUGCGCGCUGGGAUGUUUGGGCCCAGCCUCACCACCCUCUGCCUCUACUCCAACAACAUCUCCUCCAUCCACCCGGGCACCUUCCGCCACCUCCAAGCUCUCGAGGAGCUGGACCUUGGAGACAACCACAACCUGCGCACUCUUGACCCAGAGACGUUCCGGGGGCUGGAACGGCUGCAGUCUCUGCACCUUUACCGCUGCCAGCUUAGCAGCCUCCCAAACACCAUCUUCCGCAACCUCUUCAGCCUCCAAUACCUCUAUCUUCAGGAGAACAACCUGCUUUGCCUGCAGGAUGACCUUUUCGUGGACUUGGCUAACCUGAGCCACCUUUUCCUGCAUGGCAACAAGAUUUGGCAGCUCUCCGAGAAUGUCUUCCGGGGCCUGUCUGGAUUAGACCGCCUGUUGCUGCACCGGAAUCGCCUGCAGACCGUCCCGACGUGGGCUUUCCGCGACCUGGGCAAGCUCACCAUCCUAUACUUGUUCAAUAACAGCCUGACCACCCUCUCUGGGGAAACACUCUCAGAAUUGCCUUCCCUGGAGUUCCUGCGCCUCAACAACAACCCGUGGGCCUGCGACUGCCGCGCCCGCUCCCUCUGGGGCUGGUUCCAGCGCACGCGCGUCUCCGUCUCGGAUGUCCUGUGUGCAUCCCCUGCUGAGCGCAAGGGCCGCGACAUGCGUUACUUAAGGGAAACUGCUUUUCAGGGCUGCCCUCUGGUCCAACACCACCCAGUUGGGUUUGACUGGGGCUGCCGCCCUGAGUGGGAGAAUGGAGCAUCUCCUCCCCGCCCCCACCCCCACCCCAAUGGCUCAUCCAAUCACCUCUAUGGCCUAGGAGGGUCACCUCCUGCUGAUCCCUCCUCCUUCUAUAGGGACGUACCAGCCAAUGACAUCCGCAGCCCCAAGUAUGACCCACCCACAGAGGAUGACUAUUGGGGGGGCUAUGGCAAUGAAGGAGGACAGCUGAAAAAGGGGUGCCCCGGACCUGGCUGUUCAACCCUGGACUCUGGAGCUAUCAGAAUCGGCUUCUUGCUGCUUCCCCUUCCUUACCUAUUGAUGCUGUUGGGACCUUCCUGGUUUUGACCACGGCGGGUGGGGGUGGCUGCUCUGUUGGAUGCUCAUUGGCUUUGGGAACUGAGACUGGGGGGAUCCAAGCCAGGACGGAUCCCCACCCAGCACUUAGCUGAGGCCAAAGUGAUUAACCUUCACCCCAGGGGUAAAGGGAGACUAGAUCCGUUGCUGCUGCUGCUUUCCUGGCCAAUUGUGAGACUUAUCAAUAGAGCCACUUUCUGGGUGGUAUCUGUCCUAUUUUGUGAACCUUUGGCAAUGUUGCCCCUUUUUUUCUGGGGAGUUGCAUAACUCUUCUGUUAGAGAUGUUCCCAAAAUACUAUUGCUUCCUGAGGCCUUCUCUGUUUGCCAUAUCCUGGAGAGAGCAAGGAACUCUUCUGUGCCUGAUAAGGAAAGAUGGAAUGGACAAGAAACUGUAUUUCAGAGCCUCUGUUCUUUCGACAGUGUCCUGCCAUGCACACAAGUCCCUGCUCUGUCCAGUAGGACAGGAUUCUUCAUCUAAAAAGGGAAGUGUGGUCCACUUCCAGGGCUGGAGAAGACAACAGGAAUCUUGGGCCCUUAUCCCCAUUAUCUGAUCUAUUUUUAUUUUAUUUUUGGUUUUUUGUGGUAACACCAGGGGACCAAUUCACAUAAUUGCUUGAGGUGAUAGUUAACCAAGCACAAGGUUUUACUGGUUAAGUUAUUCUUCAUGGCAAGGAUGAUCCUCCGUGAUGGUAAAGGCUGCUCUCUUGGUUAUUUCACGCACCUAAGUCGGAAGGUGGCGGACUCUUCUUCGCUAGAGGUUUUUAGGCAGAGGCUGGAUGGUCACUGAUCAGGGAUGCUGCAACAGUGGAUUUCUUGCAUCAGCAGGGGGUGAAGGGAGAUGGAUCUCUUCCGGCUCUGUGAUUUACAUCUUUAGGCAGCGGUCGCAGUUAGCACACAAUGAAACACAAUCAUGUGAAUUGGCCCUUGGUUGUAACAUCUGGUCUUCAUUUUUGCAGGAGUGUCUUUCCCCUGGUGCCUCCAUGUCUCCCCCUUUUUUAAAAAAAAAUGUGGCUGGUUGGAGAACUAUUAAACUAUUUUAGUAUGGCUUGGUAGACUCGGUCACUCAAGGAAAUGAGUACUGGAAUAUGCAGAGAGAACCAUUUUGAGGGAAAAGCUGCUUAAAGAAUCCCACAGUGUCCAGCUGGCAGGAAGACAACUGGGGAAGGCUAGCUGCUUCCUCAGCCGGAGGUUUCUUGUCCCCCAACACACAUUCUUCUAUUGAUACCUGUUGGAGAAGCUCUUCACCCCAUCAUCCACCAAUUUGGCCAUUGAAAGAGAUCAAGG